GCUUUACUGCUUGAGCAAUAUUAAAUUGCCAAAUUUAACAACAUUUGUAUCCACACUAACAGUAGAACAAAGCGCAACAAUCAACAAAACAUGGCCCCAGAACCAGUCAUGGAAGUUAACAUUCCUCCUAGAGAUGAUCUAGCAGAAAUUACAAGGUCAACGAGGGAUCUUCCACCGGCUCACUACACAUUUAAGAUCGAAAAUUUCUCCCUACUUCCAAAUGCAAAGAUAGACAACGUCGAAUCAGGUGACUUUGAAGCUGGCAGCUACAAAUGGAGAUUACGUCUCUAUCCUAACGGAAACAAGAAAAGCAAUGGGGCCGGGCACAUAUCUCUAUAUUUGGCAUUUUCCAAUUCAAAUGCACUCCCUUUUGGCUGGGAGGUCAACGUGAACUUCAGAUUGUUUGUUUAUAACCAAAUCCAAGACAACUACUUGACUAUCCAAUAUGCUAAAGGAAGGGUAAGACGCUUUCACGGAAUGAAAACAGAAUUGGGUUUUGACCAAUUAAUCCCUCUGACUAUUUUCAAUGACGAGUCAAAGGGAUAUCUAAUUGAUGAUCGUUGCAUAUUUGGAGCUGAGAUUUUUGUUAUUAAACCUACUGGCAAAGGUGAAUGCUUGACCUUCGUUAAGCAACCUUUCAACGACACUUUUACCUGGAAAAUUCAGGACUUUUCAGCACUGGGUCGAGAAUCUUACAAGUCCCCAGUUUUUUGUUUUGGAGGGCACAAAUGGGCUUUACUGGUUUAUCCGAAAGGGAAUUCAACAGAGAAAGGAAAAAGCUUGUCUAUCUACUUAGAAAUGGAGGAUUUUGAAACUCUUCCAUGUGGACGAACAACGUAUGCUGAAUACAUGCUGCGUGUGAGAGACCAGCUGUUUGGAAACCAUAUCGAAAAAAAAGCCAAUACCCAUUUUUCUAAUUCAAACAAGAACUGGGGUCACCUAAACUUUAUGUCUCUCGAUGACGUCAACGCCCUUCCAAAGGGGUUUCUAGUUAAUGAUGCUUUGGUUGUUGAGGUACAAAUUGAUGUGAUAACGGUGGUCAAGGAAUUCUCCCGAAGCUGCUCGUACGAUCAUGUGUGCCAAAACUCCUAAAAUUUUAUUUUCAGAAAAUAUUGUAAGUCAAGAAUUCGGUUGCAAAAAGGCUGCCUUGUCUUUGAAUUGGGAGUAUUGAUUGUCCAUAUUCUUUAAGCUGUUCUAAUUCUUGAUGUUGUUUCCUGCACAUUUCUCAACCCCUUUCGUAUCCUAU